CAGUGGCGGGAACCGCAGCCCGGCGGCCCUGGAACCUCCCAGGGUUUGUGGACUUUCAGUGCUGUGAUUGUGGACCUAGUGUAGGAGGAGUGGGAAUGCCUCGACCCUGCUCUCAGGGCAUUUUGCAGAGAUCUGUUGGAGAACUGCAACUGUCUGGAUUCUGAGGGUGUUUUCUUCUUACGCUUUUGUUCCAUGGAAAGUUCCAGGUGCUUUCUGAAGAACCUCUUUCCCUUCUGCAAGUCUCACAUUGCUCAGUGAGUCCUGCUCACCUGUGAAUCAGAACAAAGAACCCUGGAUGGUGAAGAGAGGAUCAAUAGCAAAGGAUCCAGCAAGAAUUCCAGUCUUUUUUCCUGUCACGGAAAAUGCUGAGAAGAGCAAUAAGAAGAAUGAAUUCUUCUCCGGUAAACGCUCCCCAGGGUCUGUUAUCAUUCAGGGAUAUAGCUGUGGACCUCUCACAGGAGGAAUGGGAAUGUCUAGACUGUGUUCAGCGGGAAUUGUACAUGGGUGUGAUGUUGGAAAAUUACAGCAAUCUGAUUUUUGUAGAGACCCAUCGCAAAUGUGGUCAAUAUGAGUUCGUGGAUCAAGGUACAAAGCAUAUUCUCCACAAUUGUGAGAAUAUCCGUGAGAAGUCUUAUAUAUGUAAUAAGCUUGACAACCUGAUUGAUGAAUCCUUUCAAUGUAGACAUUAUGACAUAAAAGAUACUGCAGAAAACUGCAACAAGUACAGAUUAGGUAACUAUGGAGAUUCCUCUGUUGAAACAGUAAAUGUAAACAGACAUAAGAGUGGGAACACUGGAGAAGAACCUUGCAAAUGUAAGGGCUGCGUAAACUGUUUAAAUUUGUAUAACAUCUUUACAGAAAAUCAAAGAAGCCACACAGGAAAGAAAGAACACAAAAAUAAAGCUUAUGAUAGCUCUUUUGACUCUAAACAUAAAAUGCUGAAACAAACCAAUAGUGGAAAGGAAUCACACCAAAGCAGGAUGUCUGGGAAAUGCUCUAAGUUGGACUCAAGCCUCAGUAGACUUCAGAGAGAUCACACUAGAGAGAAACCCUGUAAAUGUACAAAAUGUAGUAAAUCCUUUCUGCAUUUGUCCCACCUCAAAGUCCAUUACAAGAUCCAUUCUGGAGAAAAACCCUACAAAUCUCUUAAAACUCAUCAGAGAAUUCAUACAGGAGAGAAACCUUACAAAUGCAGUGAAUGUGACAAAUCCUUUAGCUUUGUCUCAAAACUUAAAAGACAUGAGAGAAUCCAUACAGGAGAGAAACCAUUUAAAUGUAGUGAAUGUGACAAAUUUUUUAUCAGUUGUUCAGAUCUUAGAACUCAUCAGAAAAUUCAUACAAGAGAGAAACUUUAUAAAUGUAGUGAUUGUGACAAAUCUUUUGGCACAAAAUGGCAUCUUAUAACUCAUCAGAGAAUUCACACAGGAGAGAAACCUUAUAAAUGUAGUGAAUGUCACAAAUCUUUUGCCCAGAAAGGUGCUCUUAUAACACAUCAGAGAAUUCAUACAGGAGAGAAACCUUACCAAUGUAGUGAAUGUGACAAAUCCUUUAGCUUUGUCUCAAAACUUAAAAGACAUCAGAGAAUCCAUACAGGAGAGAAACCAUUUAAAUGUAGUGAAUGUGACAAAUCCUUUACCCAGAAAGGCAGUCUUAGAACUCAUCAGAGAAUUCAUACAAGAGAGAAACUUUAUAAAUGUAGUGAUUGUGACAAAUCUUUUAGCACAAAAUGGCAUCUUAUAACUCAUCAGAGAAUUCACACAGGAGAGAAACCUUAUAAAUGUAGUGAAUGCCACAAAUCUUUUACCCAGAAAGGUGCUCUUAUAACACAUCAGAGAAUUCAUGCAGGACAUAAACCAUACCAAUGUAGUGAAUGUGACAAAUUAUUUUCCCACAAAUGCUCUCUUAUAAAACAUGAGGGAAUUCAUACAAGAGAGAAAUCUUACAAAUAUACUGAGUGUGACAAAUCUUUUCCUCAGAAAUGCUAUCUUAGAAAACACCAGGCAAUUCAUGCAGGAGAGAAACCUUACAACUGUAGUAAAUGUGACAAAUCAUUUACAUGUUACUCAAGUCUUAAAUAUCAUCGUAGAAUUCAUAAAGGAAAGAAACAUAAAUGCAGUGAAUGUGACAAAUCCUUUACCAAGAAAAACCAUCUUCAAAAUCAUCAGAGAAUUCAUACUGGAGAGAAACCUUACAAAUGUAGUGAAUGUGACAGAUCUUUUGCCCAGAAAUACUAUCUUAGAAUACACCAGAGAAUUCAUACAGGAGAGAAACCUUACAAAUGUAGUGAAUGUGAAAAAUCCUUUUCCAAAAAGGGCUAUGUUAGAAUACAUCAGAGAAUUCAUACAGGAGAGAAACCUUAUAAGUGUAGUGAAUGUAACAAAUGCUUUAUCCAGAAAAGCCAUCUUAGAAAACAUCAGGAAUUUCAUACAGGAGAGAAACCUUACAAAUGUAGUGAAUGUGACAAAUCCUUCACCCAGAAAAGCCAUCUUCUAACUCAUCAGAGAAUUCAUACAGGAGAAAAACCCUAUAAAUGUAGUGAAUGUGAUAAAUCUUUUACCAGGAAAGGCCAUCUUAUAAGGCAUCAGAGAAUCCAUACAAGAGAGAAACCAUAUAAAUGUAGUGAAUGUGACAAAUCCUUUACCUGUGGCUCCAGUCUUUUAAAUCAUCAGAGAAUUCAUACAGAAGAGAACCUUACAAAUGUAAUGUAUGAGGAAAAGUGUUUACUUGCAUCUCAGGUGUAAGAAAAUAUCUGAAAAUUUGUACUGGGGAGAAAAGGUACCAUUUGAAAUAAUGUGGCAUGUGCUUUAUUGAAGUUCUUUUCUUAGCAGCACUUAAAGCUCCAUACUAGAAAAUCAUGAACAUGAGAAACUCGUUCAAAUGUUUAAGUAAUGUUCAAACCUUAAAACAUACCAAAGUUUAUGCUGAAGGAAAUUCUGAAGAUGUAACAAUGUACAAAAAAUUUUCAUUAAAACUUUUUACUUGUUCAACCUCAAAUACUUGAUAAUUAAAACAGAACAGAGAGGUCUAAAGCCUAUACUGUUGUCUAGGACUUCCUAGAGAUUAAAUGAUCCAGUCUGAAGGGAAGCUGGUUAAGGCAGGAAAUACACCACUCAAAAAAGCUUCAAGGAAUCCCUGAAAGUGAAAGAUUCGGGAUGUUCAACUGCAAUAAACUCACAAAAUAAUGCACCUUCGAAGAGGAAUUGUCCAACUGGGCCACCAAGAUAGGUUGUUCUACGUAUGCCUACAGGUGUGCAGUGUACUCCAAUAUUCAUAAGCUGUAUCACAUGCUCAUUUCAAGUUUGAGGAUAGUAACUAUCUUUCUAUCCCUUGUGCUUUGAUAAACAACUCUCUCCAUAUUCCUGUAACUCCAAUAAAGCUCAUUGGUUUCCAAAGUUGAA